AUUGUAUGGUUUUAUUGUUUACUUCAUCAGUUCGAUCGAACUAAACCCAGACGUGAGUUUAUGAGUUAUGGAUCCACAUUAUUUUUAAUUAUCAUCCAGCUCGUAUUUUCUUAUUCAUGACAGUCCUUUCUCGUCAUAGUGAAUACUCUGCCAAAUCUUCUAUCCCUACUUUCUACUAGUAUUUUCUACUCUGUCACUAAUUCUCACACCAUGCUCAAUUCAUCGUUCGAAGAGGAAACCAUUGAUGGACUUGAUAAAAAUGUCAAACUGUCUUUAGAUGGGCUACAGCUGAAGCAGUAUCAUGAGAAUUUCCGGAAGCAUAGGAUUGACAUUGAUCUGUUCUUCACCCUCACUAAUGACGACCUGAAAAAUAUUGGCAUUGAAGAUGAAGAACACCGUAAAAUUCUGGUGAAAGCAACCACAAAACCCACAAUGGCAGUUCAAAACGAAUCUAUCCGUCCUUUAAAGAAAGAGGAAGCUGAUGCAAUUCUAACCAACUCAUUCAAAUACCUGACAGUGCUGAAAUUGUUUAUAAAAGAACUAGAUCCCACAAGAAAGAAGAAUGAAAUUAGGAAUACCGCAUUGAAUUCUGAAGCCUCUGCUGCUGAUGGAAUAGUUACAUUUAGUAAUGCAGCCAUCAAAUGUCUCCAGGAUCUGAGACUGCAAUACUGCAGUCUUCUUCCUGAGGAUUCAUUGAAGAAGGCCAAAAGAAAAUCUGCGUGGAUCACCAGGAGUGUCCCAGUCCUUGCGGUCUUAUUAACUGGAGCUUUGGUCUCUCAUUUAAUCUGGCGUAAAUUGAACAAACCAAUUUAGCAAAAACUUUGAUCAUGUGAUACUUGCUUCUUCCUCUCUCUUCCAUAAAGAAACUAGUGUCUUAAAAAAGUGUGAUGAAAAUGUCCUUUUCUGAGAACUUUCUGAGAACUUUUAUUGGGACGAUGCAUCGGCUACGUCGGCUACCUGACCAAUCUAAACAAGAACGAAGCAAAAAAAUACAAGUGUGCAGCAUUCUUUUUUACUUAUUGUUGAUAUAUGAUUAACUCAUGAAGCAUUUCAGUUGCCUUGCAAAGAUUGAUGGAUAUCAAGACUAAGCAGUGUUGGGUAAACUAGACCUCCUUUGUCAAACAAAUUGCUCAAUACAUUCCUCAUCAACCAACAUCAGCCAAGAAGAGCAUUGAUCCCCAGUAAUAAUUUUUAUCCUAUGAGAAGUGUGUACUUAAUUUGGGAUCUCUUAAAUAUACAAUUUUUCCCCCCUCUUGAAGUACCUAAUUUCAAUUUAAACACUAACUUGAUCUCGGUCUGAACAUUUGGGCAUGAAUUUGGUACUGAAGAUGGACCCAUAUCCUUUUUAAAAGUACAAAAUGUUAAUGAAUUAUAUUUUUUACGCAUUUAGGAUUAAACAUUUGUCGUCAAUAUUAUAUAUUUUUGUACAACAUGCAGACGCUUGUUCCAAGAUUUUUAUUUUUGUAAAAAAUUAGCUUCAUAUGAUAAAAAGCCUGUUUUGUAAAAAUGUAAAAAUAAAUGGACCCAUUGUGAA